GCAGGGAUCAGGAAGCAAGAGCAGCUGAUUGCUGAAAGUGAAUUGUUGCUGGUGACAACGAUGUUUUGAGACAACAAAGUGAGGACAAGGCAAUAUAUACAAUUAUAAACAAUGUCAAGAUCAAUGAUUCAGCGUUUCACCCCAUUCUUCACAGCUCGGCUUCGUCACAACCAUAGACUCCUCAGCUCUUCUGCCUCUCUCCACCAAUCUCCUCCUACUUCUCCAAAUAUUGAUUCUGUUCAGAUGACUGACAAUUGCAUUAGAAGGUUGAAAGAACUGCAAGACAAUGAAGCAUCAGCAAAGGAAAAGUUGCUUCGCUUGAGUGUGGAAACUGGUGGCUGUUCUGGAUUCCAAUAUGCAUUCUCGCUAGAUGAUAAAACUAAUUCAGAUGACAGAAUUUUUGAAAGGAAAGGAGUUAAAUUGGUGGUUGAUGACAUAUCAUAUGGUUUUGUAAAGGGGGCAACUGUUGAUUAUGUUGAGGAGCUAAUUCGAUCUGCCUUCCUGGUAACCACAAAUCCAAGUGCAGUGGGCGGAUGCAGUUGUAAAAGCUCAUUCAUGGUGAAACAAUAGGUCUGCAGAGUUCUGAAAACUACCUCAACUAGAUAUGCCAAGUCAUCUCCGUUUUGUAUAAAAGGCUCAUUAAACCGUCGUUUUUUUCAUUUUGUACUAGGUUUCAUUUAAUUUAAUUUUUUUUGCCCAUUUCUCUUCCUACACUAUGUAUGUAACGCAAUCAGUAAAGUGAUGGUGGUGAAAAUACUGAGCCAUUGUGCUUUCUGUGUCGUGUUGUUGGCUUCAAUGAUACCAUGAGUAUGAUAAUCUCAGAAGAUUUAUACUAAUGCCACUUGGUGCCCAAUCAGAGCUGGGAUGGAAUAAAAUCUUCUUCACUGCCAAUGCUGGUGUUCUUUCAUUAUCAAGGAAGAUUCUUGUCUGAUCCAACACUCACUAGGAUGCCAAUGAUUUUCCCUAGUCCCAUGCUCUGGAAAGAGGAAGAGGAAGAUGGCUUAAAUAAAUAAAAAUCCUUGCUGUUCCCAGCAACAGAGUUGAUUGUAUUUCCAUGGAGUUACUCCCAGUAGUUCUCUGUAUGUUACAGAAGUUACUCCCAGCAAGCAUAGCUGAAGAUGACGAGCUGUACUUUGAUUGAGAGGCUCUUGUUCCUUGUGGGGGUGCCUCCCCGUAAUGUGUUUCUUUUAUAAAUAGCCCAUACACGUCUGUGAGGACAUUUGCUGCCUCAUUUUGCCUUCAUCAAUAAACCUUGGAUUUGGAA